AUGGUCGAGUCAUCAGACUACCUCAUCCUCGGCGCAGGCGUCUUCGGCGCCUCUACCGCGCUCCACCUCAUCCGCGCCUCGCCCCGCGCGCGCAUCACCCUCGUCGACCGCAACGCCGCCGCCGCGCCCAUCCGCGUCGCCGCUUCCUGGGACUGGAACAAGGUCGUGCGCGCCGAUUACGCCGACAUCGAGUACAUGCGGCUCGCGCUCGAGGCGAAGCAGCUCUGGGCGGCCGACCCGCUGUGGGCGCCGUUCUACCACGAGAGCGGCGCGAGCUGGGUCUCGCCGUCGGACUUUUCGCAGGUCGUAAGGGAGAAUUACAAGGCCCUGGGCGUGGAGUCGGGCUUGGAGGCGCUGAGUGUGGAGCAGGCGAGGAAGGAGUUUGGAGGCGUGUUUGAGGGCGGGGAUUUCACGGGCGUGAGGGAGGUGUUUGUGAAUCGGAAGAGCGGGUGGGGGGAGGCGAAGGAGGCGCUUGAGGCGACGAUUGCGGAGGCGGUGAGGUUGGGGGUGAGGUAUGUGACGGCGGAGGUUGCGAGGUUGGAGUUUGAUGGCGAGGGGGCGACGACGGGGGUUGUUACCGCGGAGGGGGAUAGGAUCACGGCGGGCAAGGUGGUGUUGAGCACCGGGGCGUAUACGGCGCAGUUGCUGGCUGAUAGCGGGAGGGCGGAGGUACUGGCUGGGGAGAGGUUUGUGGCUGCGGCUGUGACGGAGGGGUUUGCGCCUGUGGAGGAUGAGAAUCUUUACGGGGGCCCGGUUGGGAUUUCGAUGGUGCCGCCUGAUCGGGGGGCGAGCAACGGAAGCGUUCCUCACUCGGGCGACAAGACGCUCAAGUUCUGGGGGCAGAUUAUCUUCAGAAACACGCAGCCGCACGAGAACGGGUCGCAGAUAUCGCGGCCGCCAUCUGGGCCUGACUACGCUCAGCUCGAUGUUCCCAAGUCUCUGAAAGAGGAUGUCGAUUUUGCUGGGAAGAGCAUCUACGGCAAGCUGAGCGACGAUUGGAAGGUGGAGAAUUACCGCAUUUGCUGGGAGGCGGUCUCGCCCAGCGAGGACUUCAUCAUCUCGCCGCACUCCGGGAGCAAGAACCUGUACGUGGCCACGAUCGGCUCGUUCCACGGGUGGAAGUUCCUGCCUGUGCUCGGCAAGUACGUGGUGCAGAUGCUCCAGGGGACUCUGGAGGAUAAGUUGGCCAAGAAGUGGGCGUGGGAUAAGACGCUCGUUCCGCCAACUCACAGCGCGUGGCCGAGGAAGGAGCUUGGUGAGCUGAACUAA